CUCGAUCCCUCCAAAAGCAAAAGCAUUCGGAAACCACUCACCUCCACAUCAUAAGGAACCCUAUUCCAUUCGACCGCCACCUCCCGAUCGCUUUCCCAUCAUCACCACCACGCGCGCGCCGAUCUCCCCUCCCCUGCUUCCAUGGCGGCCGGAGGGCCGCCGCCGACGGAGAUGCCGCCUCCGGGGCCACCGCCGAUGGUGCGGAAGCUCGCCGUCGAGGUGGUGGACGCGCGCGACCUCGUGCCCAAGGACGGGCUCGGCACCUCAAGCGCCUACGCCGUCGCCGACUUCGACGGACAGCGAAAGCGCACGCGCACCGUGCCGCGCGACCUCAACCCGCAGUGGCACGAGCGCCUCGAGUUCGCCGUCCCCGACCCCGCCAGCAUGCACGCCGAGUCGCUCGACGUCUCGCUCUACCACGACCGACGCUUCAACCCCUCCGGCGGUGGUGGCGGCGGCGGCAAGAACAACUUCCUCGGCCGCGUCCGCAUCUACGGCUCCCAGUUCUCGCGCCGCGGGGAGGAGGGCAUCGUCUACUUCCCGCUCGAGAAGCGAAGCCUGCUCAGCUGGAUCCGCGGCGAGGUCGGCCUCAAGAUUUACUACUACGACGAACCGGCGGUGCCGCCGCCGCCGCCUGAGGAAAGGCCGCCCGAGGGAGCUGAUAACGCGCCGCCACCUGAGGUCCCGCCGGAGGAGCCGAAGGAGCUCCCCGAGGUCCCCGAGCCGACCGAGGCGGCCGUCGAGGUGCAGCAGCCACAUAUGCAGCCUCCGGUCAUCAUCGUGGAGGAAGCACCGGCUCGAAUGAUGCCGCCACAACCGGAACCGGAGCCAGAGCCGGAGCAGCCGGGGCCGGAUGGGGCGGAGCCGUACCCGCCUGAGGUGCGCAAGACGCGGAUGGCUUCAAGCACGGAGCAUGUCCGCAUCCCAAGACACCCGAGCGGCGGCUUCGGGCCUGACUACUACACCGCCUCGCCUCGCGUCAUUUCCGGCCGGUUCGUGUCCACCGGCGAGGCCGUUGAGCCGGUGCAGUCAACGUACGACCUGGUGGAGCCGAUGCGGUACCUCUUCGUGCGCAUCGUCAGGGUGCGCGGCAUCCGCGCCUGCGAAGGCCCUUACGUCAAGAUCCAGGCGGGGCCGCAGUGCCUCCGGUCCCGCCCCGGCCGCGACGUCUCCGGCACCGGCAGUCCCGAGUGGAACCAGGUGUUUGCCGUCAGCCACGCCAAGCCAGAGCCGACGCUCGAGAUAUCCGUGUGGGACGGCCAGGCGCCCUCUCCUGCCGACGCCUUCCUCGGCGGCGUCUGCUUCGACCUCUCCGACGUGCCGGUCCGCGACCAGCCGGACGGCCCGCUGGCGGCGCAGUGGUAUCGGCUCGAGGGCGGCGAGCCGGGCAUGGUUACAGGGGACAUCAUGGUGUCGGUGUGGAUCGGCACGCAGGCCGAUGACGUGUUCCCAGAGGCGUGGAACACCGACGCGCCCUACGCCGCGUACACGCGCGCCAAGGUGUACCAGUCCCCCAAGCUCUGGUACCUGCGAGCGUCGGUCAUCGAGGCGCAGGACCUGCGCGUGCCGGCGCCGCCACCGGGACUGCCGUUCGACGUGCGUGUGAAGGUUCAGCUCGGGUUCCAGUCAGCGCGCACCCGUCGGUCCGUGGCCAGCAGCAGCGGCUCGGCGUUCGCGUGGGCCGAAGACCUCAUGUUCGUCGCUUCCGAGCCGCUCGACGACACCCUUGUCCUGCUCGUCGAGGACCGAUCGAUGAUCAAGGAGCCUGCUCUGCUCGGCCACGCCACCAUCCCAGUGAGCUCCGUCGAGCAGCGCCUCGACGAGCGGCAGAUCGUCGCGUCAAGAUGGUUCAAUCUCGAGGGCGGCAUGGGUCAUGGAGAUGGCGGCGGGGAUCAGCAGGGACAGCCUCCAGGGUUCUACUCCGGCAGGCUGCACCUUCGGCUUUCCCUGGAAGGUGGGUACCACGUGCUCGACGAGGCAGCGCACGUUUGCAGCGAUUACCGGCCGACGGCGAAGCAGCUGUGGAAGCCACCGGUGGGCGUGCUGGAGCUCGGCAUUGUGGGAGCGUGCGGCUUGCUCCCCAUGAAGACCAAGGGAGGAUCCAAGGGCUCGACGGACGCCUACUGCGUGGCCAAGUACGGCAAGAAGUGGGUGCGCACGCGCACUGUCACGGACAGCUUCAACCCACGGUGGAACGAGCAGUACACGUGGCAGGUGUACGACCCGUGCACGGUGCUCACGGUGGCCGUGUUCGACAACUGGCGCAUGUUUGCCGGCGCCGGCGACGACAGGCAGGACUACCGCAUCGGAAAGGUGCGGGUGCGCGUGUCCACGCUCGAGAGCAACAGAGCUUACACGGCGUCGUACCCGCUGCUCGUGCUGCUGCGCUCGGGGCUGAAGAAGAUGGGCGAGGUGCAGCUCGCCGUGCGGUUCUCGUCGCCGGCGCAUCUGCCGGACACCUGGGCCACGUACACGUCGCCGCUCCUGCCGCGGAUGCACUACCUCCGCCCGAUCGGCGUCGCGCAGCAGGAGGCGCUGCGGGGCGCGGCCGUGCGCACCGUGGCGGCGUGGCUGGCGCGCUCCGAGCCGCCGCUCGGCCCGGAGGUGGUGCGGUACAUGCUGGACGCGGACGCGCACACGUGGAGCGUGCGGCGCGCCAAGGCCAACUGGUUCCGCAUCAUGGGGGUGCUCGCGUGGGCGGUCGGGCUGGAGCGGUGGCUGAACGGCGUUCGGCGGUGGCGCAACCCUUCCACCACCGUCCUCGUCCACGUGCUGUACCUCGUCCUCGUCUGGUACCCGGAGCUGGUGGUGCCCACGGCGUCGCUGUACGUCUUCCUGAUCGGUGUGUGGUACUACCGGUUCCGGCCCCGCGCGCCGGCCGGCAUGGACGCGCGGCUAUCGCAGGCCGACACGGUGGAGGGCGACGAGCUGGAGGAGGAGUUCGACGCCGUGCCGGCGCCCGACGUCCUCCGGCUACGGUACGAGAGGUUACGGACGCUGGCCGGGAGGGUGCAGCGCGUCAUGGGCGACGUGGCGGCGCAGGGCGAGCGGCUGCAGGCGUUGGUGAGCUGGAGGGACCCGCGGGCAAGCCGGAUCUUCGUGGGCGUCUGCCUCGCCGUCGCCGUGGCGCUGUACGCGAUGCCGCCCAAGAUGGUGGCGGUGGCCAGCGGGUUCUACUACCUCCGACACCCCAUGUUCAGGGACCCAAUGCCUGCGGCCUCCGUCAACUUCUUCCGCCGGCUGCCGAGCCUCUCGGACAGGAUGCUCUGAGAUUGGCUGGAAGCAUGGGUGCAUUCUUUUUUUCCCUUCUGUUGCCGUAAUAACGAGUGUGCAAUAGGAAUAUCAGAGGAGAGCAUAGGAAUAACAGAAUGAUUGUAUUCAUAUAACCAUAUAGUAUAUAGAACACACAAUAAUGAUACAGUAACAAAAAUUAUGAUUGUCGCAGCAAUUGAUACGCUUAAAACAGGCUUGACCCUGUUCAUCUUCA